CCCUUAGUUACAGUCCAGCUGUAACUGAUCGAUCAAUAACGUAGUGAGGUCGGGGGGCACAGAGGAAGCGCGCAAUUCGACCGGGAGCUACGGGUGCUUGGACGCUGUUAUUGUUUAGGCCAAGAUCAGACUUGAUUUUUCGUAACCGUGACUAAAAGAAUUUCAGCCGUGUCCAUCCCGUCUCGUUUUCUUCAUGUUUAAUGUAUCUACGACUACAUUAUCCAAUGGCUCCCUCAUUUUUAAGACGGCUGGGCGAGACAUGGCUGCUAUUUUCAGCAAAUCAAGCGACGACGUAGAAAUUCCCUCAUUGGCUUAUAAUAAAGUUUUUAUGAAGACUUAAGUGACAUGAUGGAUAUGCAUAGAAAUAAGAAGGACUGCCCUAUUCACACUGGCGAUUUAUACCACCACAAGACGCAGGAGAUGAGAACUGCUGAUGGAGCUUCUGAGAAACAUUUGCCAAGUUCCAGAGAUGUUAUGGGUACUUCUCAUGUUGAUGUUGCACAAUCUUGUCCCAGUGAAAUGUACAAAGUUGCUGUUCCUGUCCGAACAAUUCUUCCCAACCCCAAGAAAUCUCUACUGCCAUCUGAUAAACCCUUCUCCUGUGAUGUCUGUGGUAAAAAAUUUGCACGAUUCAAUAUUUUGCAGAAUCACAAAAAACUACAUUCAGUACAUAAUCCCACUGUUGGUGCCUUGCAACCUAGUGAAAAGCCAUUUUUCUAUGACAUCAGCAAUAACUUUGGUGCUCCAACCCAUCAUCACACUCAUGCACCACACACCGCACAUGCUCCAUUUGUUCCAUCUUGGGACCUUGUCGAAAUGCACAAGUUAGCUUAUGAACGUAUGCAGGCAGCAAAUGCAUCAACCUCUGAAACGCUCUCUGGCUCUGAAUCUAAGUACCCUCCACUUGCAGAACUGUAUCCCACACUACCAUCAUCUACUCAGUCUAACUCUCGUGGUGAACGCUCACAUGAUUUCUUAACAUUCCGUGACAAUAUGGGGACCUCACAUGAGACUGUCACUUCUCCAAAUUCAGCCCCAAUCAUUACUCCUUAUCCAACAGAUUCUCCUUCAAAUAAUCAUUUCAAUUGUGUGCCUUCUUCUGUCUCUGAAAAAUCCUUUGUCUGUGACAUCUGCAAAAAGUGCUUUGCUCGACGUGAUACACUGCAAUGUCAUAGAAGAAUUCAUGACAACGAGAAACCAUUUGGUUGUGAGAUUUGCGGUAAGAAGUUUUCUCGACGGGACAAACUCCAGUCUCACCUGCGUGUGCAUUCAGGUGAGAGGCCAUUUCCUUGCAAUAUCUGUGGGAAAGCAUUUGCUCAGUCAGACAAGCUCAAGUGCCAUAUUCGCACACACACAGGUGAGAAACCCCAUCCGUGUGACCUGUGCCCUAAAAGAUUUGCAAGGAGGGAUACCCUCCAGUGUCAUAGGCGGACUCAUACCGGUGAGAAACCGUUCAUGUGUGACACAUGUGAAAAGCGAUUUUCACGUCGGGACAAACUGACAUGCCACAGGCGUGUUCACACAGGCGAGAAGCCAUUUGGAUGUGAAGUCUGUGGCAAGCAGUUUGCUCGUUCUGAUAAGUUGCACCGACACAAACGUACCCAUGACCCAACAAAAAUAAAAUCUUUUCUUUCAAUUCCAACUUCUGAUGGUAACAACAGCAGCCAAACUGAAAACCUAUCUCCAUUGAACAAAACUCUUUACUCUCAACAAGCACUUGCCUCUGUACUCCCUACAGCUAAAGAUUACUCAUCUAUGAGUACCAACAUUUGGCAAUCACUCUUUAUUUGAUAAAAUAUCUUGCUCAUCAUCCUGUUUGAAUGUCUUGUGUUCUUCUCCCGCCCCCCCCCCCCUGCAUCUCUCUCUCUCUAGCUUUCUACAUAGCUACCACCAAUGGUGACACACUUCUCCCAUCACUUUAUGCAGCUGUGAAGACCUUGUCUGUAGAAGUUGGUAGGUUGCAUCUGGGGCCAAAACUUUACUUUGGAAGUGAAUUUAUCAUUAUCCCCUUCAAAAAAGACUUCAUGGUUGGAAAGAGGUGGAAGUCAUAUAUAUUUAAAUCUACAAUCUAUAACUCAUAGAGCUGUAGGUGCACAACAGUAUAGUAUUUCAGUGUGUCUCAGGUCACCUGGUUUUGCCUGUUGGUUCCCCAAACAGUUCUGUAAACUGGGUGGUUUUCUAUGUUUUGUCAACAACCAUCUGAUCAUGAGACACCUCAUAUUAAAUUACUGGGUGCUUGUACCAGGUAGUACGUGAACUGACCAUAUUUUCAAAUCUGUAAACUUUUAAAAUUCUACCAUUUCAUACUACUUUCCACUGACGUUUUCACAUCUAAAGUCUGUAGGAGCUUCUAUGCUGUUGCUCAAAUUUCUCCUUGAUCAAACCCUAUCAUAAAAAAAGGGAAGGACACAUGAGAUACUGUAGUCUCUUUUAUACAAGAUGGCAGUCAGGCUUUUAUUUUAAUCCUUUAAUAUUCAAACUGGCCUAUUCAGGCCCAAAUAAUCCACCUGUUUUAUGUUCAAACUGACCAGAUCAGAUCUCUUACACCUACCCUACAAUGUCAUUCUAAAAGUAAGCAAUCACAAUCAAAAUCUCAAUGCAUAAUUAAUUCAAAACAAUAUGAAUAAACAUUACAUUUGAUUGAGUAAUCUGAAUGCUUUAGGGUCAAAGUGCCAUUGUCUAUUCACAUAGCAACAUUCAAGGUUAAUCUCAUAAUGGGUGCUACAGAAUUCUAAAACCCUGUUGAACCAAAUGUUCAAACCCAAGACUGAUUUGUGAUUUGCUACUCAUUUUACAUUGCUCAAAAUUUUAAGGCCAGGCAUGACUUUAUAGCAUGAUAAUGUUCACUCUACAAUUGCAUGGUUCCAGGUUUCAUCCUGCUACUUGGAUCUUUGAGAAAUAUCUUCUACCACUGUUUGGAAAAAAUAUGUCUGGCCACGGGGAAAUAUAACCUUGCUUGGAAACAGUUGAGGGUUAGCAACAGUAAGGGCAUCCAGCUGUAGAAAAUCUGCCUCAACAAUCUCUGAUCAACUCAUGUAAGCAUAAAAUAGGGAACGUUAAAAUGAUAAUGAUGAUAUACAUACAAUCACAGGGUCGUGUGUUUGAUUAAUAGACCAAAUGCCCAAGGCUAGACACUUCAUUUCAUGUUGCUCCAGUCUACUCAGCCAACUACUGCUGCUGCACUCUAUCCAGCUGUCUCAUUUAGGAAGUGAUGGUGGGUUAAGAAUUUCUGUGUCUGUUUGUGACCACCUAGGCCCUAAAGUAAUUUGCAAAAGUAUGGUACAUUCUGCAAAGUUAUCCUUGAUUCUGAGUGAUGGUCAUAGUAUCUGUGUUUGUGUGCCGAUUGUAUGAAUAUAUAUCAUUAUUAAAAAUAAAAAUGUUAUUUAUUUA